AUGGCGAACCCUGAGCUAGCGAUAGCCAAGGCCUCCUUCAGCGCCAUCCUCUUCCGCAAAGAACCCGUCUCGCUCACCAGGCCCGAGAUCGAGAGCUUCCACACCCUCCUUCACGACGCGAUACACCAGUGCUCGCCGACCAACGUUCAGAAAUGCAAGCGCUGGAUCCUCAAGAACCUGGUCCCCUCGCCGGCGCGCGUCAGCGCUGUCGGCAAGUACCUGGCCGCCCUCUCCAACUCGUUUCCCGAUGACGGCAAGACGAAGCCCUCGACGCGGAGGAAGCGUCUGCACAUUCUCUACCUCAUCAACGACGUCCUCUACCACGUCGCAGUGCGGGAUCGGGAUGCGCGCUUCGCGACCGCCAUAGAGGCCAGUCUGACGCCCUUACUCCACGGCACCGCCAAGUUUCCAAACUACCCCAAACACGCAAAAAAGCUCGAGGAUCUGCUGGCGCUGUGGGAAACGCAAAAGUACUUUCCGGCGAUCGUCAUCGAUGACCUCCGCGAGACCGUCAAAGAAGCUCCUCACGGCGGCAAGGUGGCAAAGGGAGAACAGGGCCAGACGGGGUCGAAUCUCGGCUCGAGGCCCGCCAAAGAUGCGCCAUACAUGAUCCCCUCAAUCCACGGCGACCCGAACACGCCCUGGUUCGACCUCCCGGCCGCGAACUGGCUGCCGCACCUCACGCCAAACUCGACAAAGGCCAUGAACCCAGACAUGAUCAAGCCGCUGCAGCUCGCCCCAGGGCCGGCGGACAAGGCCCUCGCCAAGGCGGUCAAGGACUUGCUUGCGGACGUCGAAAGGCUCUACAAUCCAGGCGCGGCCCCGCAAGAUGAUCAGCAGCAGAACACCGGCCUCAGCGAGAUGGGUGAGCGGGUCGUUCUCGACGAGAUCACGGGCGAGGUCAUUGACGGGGAGACGUACUACGGAUGGUCCCGCAGGUUCUGCGAGAAGAUGAAGCAGCGGAAGAAAAAGGCCAAGGGGGGAGCACCCGACCGCGGCCGUGGGCGGUCCGACUCGAGGAGCCGUUCUCGGAGCUCCUCCCGUAGCCGAUCCAGCAGGAGCGACUCUCCGCCGGCCUUUAAACGACGCAGAGUCCAGGUCAAGAUCAAGAUCAAGAUCCCGGUCGAGGUCGCGUCCUCGGUACAGAUCAAGAUCAACGUCGCGCGACCAUGGCCCAGCAAGAGAUAG